AUGCUGGGGCUGCUAGUCCUGCUGGUGUGGGCCCCGCGGCGGAUCCAGUCUCUGCCCCUCGUCCGCUCCUCGCCCAUGGGCAUCUGCCCCAACGACGUGAAUCCCAACCUGUGGGUGGACGCGCAGAGCACCUGCAAGAGAGAGUGCGUGGCCAAUCGGGAGUGCGAGACGUACGAGAAGUGCUGCCCCAACGUGUGCGGGAGCAAGAGCUGCGUGGCCGCCCGCUACCCGGACGUCCAGGGGAAGCGAGGCCCCGUGGGGCGGCCGGAGGCGGCCACGUGCGACGACUUCACGUGCCCGCAGCAGGGCUCCGAGUGCGACAUCUGGGACGGGCAGCCCGUGUGCCGCUGCCGCGACCGCUGCGAGCGCCAGCCCAGCUUCACCUGCGCCUCGGACGGCCUCACCUACUACAACCGCUGCUACAUGGACGCCGAGGCCUGCGCCAGGGGCGUCACGCUGACUGUGGUCACCUGCCAUUACCACCUGACCUGGCCCAGCCUCAGCCCCAGCACGGGCCCCUUCCCUCCCCAGCCCACGGCCCGGCCCACCACGGCCCCCGCCCGGCCCACCGCGCCGGCCGGCGGGGGGACGGCCGAGGCCGGGGCGGCGGGAGUGCUGGCCCCGACCCUGCUGAGCCGCCCGACCCUCCAGGCGGUCCGGGUCGGGGAGACCGUGAGCUUCCUGUGCGACGUGUCCGGGCGGCCCCAGCCGGACAUCACGUGGGAGAAGCAGCAGGCCGGGUGGGAGAACGUGGUCAUGCGGCCCAACCACGUGCGGGGCAACGUGGCGGUCACCAACAUCGCCCAGCUGGUCAUCUACAACGCCCAGCCGCAGGACGCCGGCGUCUACACCUGCACGGCCCGCAACGGAGGCGGGCAGCUGCGGGCGGACUUCCCGCUGACCGUGCUGCGGGCGGAGCCGGCGGGCGCCGAGCUGGACCCCCGCCGCGCCGGCCUCCCCGCGGACGGCUGCCUGCGGGCGCCCGACGACCAGGACUGCGGCGGGGCCGAGCUGCCGGCGGGCUGGCACUACGACGCCGGCGCCCACGACUGCUUCCCCGCCGCCCCGGCCGCCUGCGACCGCCGCCGCUUCGCCAGCUACGAGGCCUGCGUGCAGGCCUGCGCCGGUGGGGACGUAUGCGGCUUCCCGGCCCUGCAGGGCCCGUGCCGGGCCUACUCCCCACGCUGGGCCUACAGCGGCCGGGCCCGCCGAUGCCGGACCUUCGUGUACGGCGGCUGCGGCGGCAACGGCAACAACUUCGAGAGCCGCGAGGCCUGCGAGCAGGUGUGCCCGUCCUCCCGGGGCCCGCGCUGCCAGGCCUGCCGCCCGCGCCCCAAGCUGGUCAGCAGCUUCUGCACCAGCGACUUCGUGCUGCUCGGCCGGGUCACCGAGCUGGCCGACGAGCCGGGCGCCCGGCGGGCCCUGGUGGCCGUGGACCAGGUGCUCAAGGACGACAAGAUGGGGCUGCGCUUCCUGGGCCGGGAGCCCCUGGAGGUGACCCUGCUGCAGGCCGACCGCGCCUGCCCCUGCCCCAACGUGACCGCGGCCGCCGAGGCGCAGCUGCUGCUCAUGGGCGACGUGCACGGGGGCAUGGCCGUGCUGCAGCCCGACAGCUUCGUGGGCAGCGCCAGCGCGCGACGCGUCCGCAAGCUGCAGGACCUGCUGCACAAGAAGACGUGCCAACUGCUCAAGGAGGUCCUCGGCACGCACUAG